AUGUCCGGAAUCAGCAAAGCCUGCUGCUCCAUCCCCCCUGUUGUAUCCAAGGGCUACCAGGCCAAGGGAGAAUACAAGACCAUCAAUGGCCUGAAGACCUAUGUCACCGGCCCAGAAUCGGCCACCAAGGCUAUCCUGGUCAUAUAUGACAUCUUCGGCUUCUUCGACCAGACCAUCCAGGGUGCCGACAUCCUGGCCACCUCGACCGACCAAAAAUACCGCGUGUUCAUUCCCGACUUCUUCGAGGGUAGCCCCGCCGACAUCUCGUGGUAUCCCCCCACCACCCAGGAGCACAAGGAGAAGCUGGGCAACUUCUUCUCGACCAAGGCUGCCCCACCCCAAACCCUGUCCAAGAUCCCCAACGUUGUCGCCGAAGGCAACAAGCUAGCCCCUGGCGGCAAUUUCCAGUCCUGGUCGAUCCUGGGCUACUGCUGGGGCGGCAAGAUCGCUACCCUGUCCUCCGGUGCUGAUAACAAGCUAUUCAAAGCAGUCGCGCAGUGCCACCCGGCUAUGGUCGACCCCAAUGAUGCAAAGGUCGUGAACAUCCCCAUGGUGUUCCUCGCCUCCAAAGACGAGACUCCCAAAGACGUCAAGGCCUUUGAGGAUAACUUGAAGGUCCCUAAGUACGUCGAGACAUUCCCAACUCAGAUCCACGGCUGGAUGGCUGCGCGAUCGGACCUGGAGAACCCCGAGGUGCGCAAGGAAUACGAGCGCGGGUAUAAGACCGUCCUCGAAUUCUUCCACCAGCACUCGUAA